AUGGCAUCGCCGACGCGAAUCGAUGUCGACUAUUUGGUCGCUGGUGCUGGAGCGAUGGGCAUGGCUUUCGUUGAUACCAUUCUGGCCUCGAGCGUAAAUGCGACAGUUGCGCUGAUUGACCGGAACUCUCGCCCUGGGGGUCAUUGGACAACAGCCUACCCCUUCGUCCGCCUGCAUCAGCCCUCGAGUUUCUACGGCGUCAGCUCCAGGCAUUUAGGAACAGGCAAAAUCGACCAGAUCGGCCUUAACAGAGGACAUUAUGAGCUUGCGACCGGCGACGAAGUAAGCGCCUACUAUGCACAAGUCCUCCAUGAAACAUUCUUACCUUCGGGAAGAGUGCAAUAUUUUGCCAGAUGUAUCUGGAAGGGCGACACAAGCUUCCAGUCCAUCCUCACUGGUGAGGCGUUCCAAGUUGGCAGCAGGACCAAAAUCGUCGAUGCGACGUAUAUGAAACUGGAAGUGCCUUCUAUGCGACCACCUCCUUAUCAAGUCGCAGAAGGGGUGACGGUAAGAACACCGAACGACUUAGUAAAUCUCUCUCGCCCGUAUGCGAAUUACACCGUCGUUGGAGCCGGUAAAACAGGAAUGGACACCUGCAUUUGGCUAUUAACGAAUGGCGUUGAUCCAAAUCGAGUCACCUGGAUUAUGCCUCGUGAUUCCUGGCUCUUCGACCGAGCUUUCUUUGGAAAGGACAAUGCCGAAGCAAUCAAGAAGCGAGUUCAAGCUACAAUGCUUGCGACCGCUCCGGAUGACAUGUUCCGUCGUUACGAGGCCAGCGGACAGUUCCUGCGACUGGAUCAAGAAGUCUGGCCGACCAUGUUCCGAUGCGCAACGGUAUCUAGGGCUGAGCUUGAGGAGCUUCGACGAAUCAAGAACAUAGUGCGGCUGGGCCGCGUGCUCUCUAUCGACGUCGAGAAAGUCACUCUGCAACACGGAAGCUAUACUACUGUACAGGAUAUAGUAUUCGUCGAUUACACCGCAGACGGCGCUGGAGUACGACCACCUGUCGCAGUCUUCAGUCCUAUAAGAAUCACAUUACAGCCCGUCCGCUACUGUCAACAAGUCUUCUCAGCAGCUUUCAUUGCUCAUGUGGAAAGUGCUUACGAUGAUGAACAAGUCAAGAAUGAACUUUGUCGACCAGUCUUGCAGCCAAGUGCACCGAUCGAUAUGCUCGUCGUGUCCUAUCAGGACAAUCUCAAUGCUUUGCGCUGGUGCUUGGAGUCAAAGACUGUGGCAUGGCUGAGUAACUGUCGUCUGGAUUUCUUUUCGAAGACUUGGGCUCCGCUACUAGCUGAGGAUCCAGAGGAGAGGGAGGCAGCGAGACAGAGAUUUCGAGCGCAACGUCGCGUACUUUGUGAUAAGCUGCGAGAAUUGCUCCGGGAAGAGCCUGCAGCUGAAGCCAAAAUUGCUUUGGCAAAGUUCUGA